UACUGGUCAUCUUUUGGCUCUGUGGGAUUUAAAUGUUAGAGGAUUAACCUUUCUUUUCAGUUAAAAGCAAGUAGCACGUUCCAAGCCACCACUUUUAUGCACUCAUAUAACAAAGAAGCACAGUACAAAAACUUCUUGAAUGUAACCAUUUUUGGUAGGACCUGGGUAGCUGCCUAGAUUUAUAGUCAACAGCUGUGAGUGAGCUAUGGAAAAAGCACUGUCGUUUGCUUAAAGAGCGCUUAAAGAGCUGAUCAAAGUAGCAGGCAGCUGGGCCACUCCCAGGUAGAUUCUGCGGGUUUCUACCGCCUUCCGGGCUUUGAGAGUCACGCAUGCGCUUUGAACAACCGCUUUGCCGCUGGGAAGUACGGGUCCUGCGUGAGCGUGACGUCAGCACGUACCGCAGCCUGUGGCGGGCAGGAGCUGGAAUAUCGUCCGCCGAGGAGCGGGAAUACCGUCCGUCGUGGAGCCGGAGGUGGAGGAUCCGCUCUGGAGCUUUGUGCGGGUUCUGGAGAAGCGAGAUGGGACCGCGCUUCGACUGCAGCAGUACGGCUCCGGAGGCGUGGGUUGCGUUGUGUGGGACGCCGCCAUCGUCCUUGCCAAAUACCUGGAGACGCCGGGGUUUUCUGGCGAUGGGGCCCACGCUCUGAGUCGGCGCUCGGUGCUGGAACUGGGUUCCGGCACGGGGGCCGUGGGGCUCAUGGCUGCGACCCUCGGAUGUUAUAGUCACUGAUCUUGAGGAGCUACAAGACUUGCUGAAAAUGAAUAUUAAUAUGAACAAGCAUCUUGUGACUGGUUCUGUUCAAGCCAAGGUACUGAAAUGGGGUGAUGACAUAGAAGACUUGAUGUCACCAGACUACAUAUUAAUGGCGGACUGCAUAUACUAUGAGGAGUCCUUGGAACCAUUGCUGAAAACACUAAAAGAUCUCAGCGGAUCUGAAACUUCUAUUAUAUGUUGUUACGAACAACGUACAAUGGGGAAAAAUCCAGAAAUUGAGAAGAAAUAUUUUGAGCUCCUGCAGCUAGACUUUGACUUUGAAAAAAUCCCUUUGGACAAACAUGAUGAAGAAUACCGAAGUGAAGACAUUCAUAUUCUACACAUCAGGAAGAAAAAUCCGGUACGCGCGUUCACAGUUCUUCAUACCUGACCGCCUGCUGGUUCUUGUUGAUGCUAAGCUGUUGUCAAGUUCUUCCCUCCACAUAGUGUGGAAGAGCUGUGCCGGCUGAACUGUUUCCAUCACUCACUGUCUUGCCUUGGGUCUUGGUCACAAUCUCAGAUCUCGAAGUGGCAGGCUGUACGUUGGAGGCCAGGCCGGGCUACACAGCGGGACACUAUAUCAAAACGUAUGUAAGGCUGGCUUCAUUUCUGCCAUGCUGGGAAAGGAACCUUCGGCCUUACACGUGAUAGGCAAGCGGUCUGACACCAAGCUAAGUCCCCAGCCUGGUAAGGUCUUUAAGGCCCUUUUCAGUUAUAAAUCAAAUGACCGUGUCACUGAGAAUGCCCGUGAGCAGUUGCUUUAAGACAGUAAGGUACAGAAAAGUUUGUCUUGGUUCCUCCUAGUCCUGGAUUUGGGUGGUCUUCUCUGGGGGGCCUGUGAACAAGCUGUAAGUAAGAGUUCCACAAAGGAGACCGGUCACCUGGCUGAGAAAAAGAGAAGCGGGAGCAGGGUCCAAAGCUGGCCCUAAGGGCAGUAUAUACCAUGAAUGUACAGUAUAUAUUAUAUAUGUGUAUAUAUUGAUAAAUAUCCUUAAUGUUCUCAACCCUCCUCACAGUGCCUCAUGGAGGGAUGUUUUCCCAAACUGUGGCAUUGAACAGAACCUCAAGUGAUUUCUCUUUGUAACUUCCUGCUCUAACUCUUUUAAAGGCUAGUUGUAACUCUCGAGCUUUGGUCAUUCUCAUUUUCCCUUUAAAAGAAAAAUGGGCAUUCUCACCUAUGAAAGAAAAUACCCCAAGGGAUAGAAGUUGACGUGUGUUCCCAUCUGGUCGCUUUUAGUGGUUUGCCUUUGUUGCACCUGCAGUUCCAGCCUGUAAAGGGGGAGAGUCUUGUAUGCUCAGUUGUGGAUGUGAACGCCAUAAGGCAAACGUUGACACUUAAUAAAAACCUGGCCCCCACCAUGUUUCCUAAUGAUAAGGAUUCUAGCCAAGAGCAGAUACAACACAGUUUGGGGACCAGAGGUAGGGGUGAAAGCUCAGUCUAAUGAGAGAAGGUGAGGGUUAUAAUCCAGAUUGGUAUAGAGCGCUGGAAAGGCAGAAACACGGAUGCAGUGCCUUAGGGGAUGCAGUGUUUGCUGAAGCUGCCGUACAGUUGUCAAAGCAGGUUUUUUGAAGCAUAAACGUCUUUGUUUUUUAAUAUAAAGAGUUGUUUUGUUUCUGCAAAGACUUAUUUCCUUUUUAAAUUGAUAUAAUUCUCAUUCCAUAAAAUUUACCCUUUCAAAGCACGUAUCUCUGGUUUUUAGUCACUCGGCUAUAUUUUAAAGUGUUUUCAUCAUCAGAGAUAAAAUGCUUCCAGCGUUCAGUCCAUCUGCUCAUUCUGCACCCGCUCUACAAGUCUAAUCUCGUCCUGCAUCCUUGCAUCUCGCUGCCUUCAUUCAGCAAAGUGUUUUCCAGGUCCUCCACGGCACAUGCCCUCCUUACACUCCUUUUGUGUCUGGGUCACAUCCCUGAGCAUGGCUCUGCUAGCUAAUCCACUACUGUUCGUCAGCUGGUAACGUUUCUCUCUCUCACUUCUUGUCUGUAAUAAUCCUGCUGUGGACACGUGUGAAGUAGAUGAAGUCACCAGGGUUUUCCAAAGCUACCGUAUUGUCUUUACCUUCCCACCAUGAGUAUGUAAGGGCUGUCACUGCCGUGACACUGCUCACCAACUCUUGCUGUGUCCUCUUCAUAGUAGCUGUUCUAGUAGAUGACAUAUAGGAUUUCAAUGCAGUCUUUUUCUUAAUGAUAGUGUCUUCUUGUGUCUUUAGAGAUAGUGCCCAGUUUUAAAUUGUUCUGUCUUCUAAGAGUCCUUUGCUAAUCGAUACCAAAUGUAUCAUUUACAAAAUCCCUCCUGUUCUAUAGGUGUCUUAAAUUUUAUGAUAUUGUAGUUUUUAUAACAAAAGGCUUUUUUAUUCAUACAUGUGCUUUAGAUGUCAGCUAAGAACUGUCUGUAAACAUUGUACAUGUUUCUCUUGACUUGCCGUUAGCCACUACUUGGUGUUGUAAAAUUAAUGUUUAACCUCCCCCCUUUUCCUUAUAGAAACCGCCAUCAUGAAGCCCUUUUCCAUUACCCGUGCCCCCAGCAUCCUGGGUAAGGUAAAGCUGUGACCACGCAUGCACACCGCAUGGAAGACUGCCUUACAGAGUUCUCCAGCAUGUCUUAGAGAUCUGGCUCCUGGAUGACCACUGCCUUGGACUGCCCACAGUGUGAAAUGCCUGCCUGCCCGUGGGCCUGAAAUCUAACUUAGGUUUACUUAGCUCAGCAUCAAGUUCUGUUUAAAAGAAACAUUGACAAUCACUCAAAUAAAGAUUAAUUUUGAGGACAGCCUCAAGUCUGAA